UACGCACAGGGUGAUAGCAAGCCACGUACGCCGCGGAAAUGGGAAGGCCGGAGCACGAUGGGGCUGCGUCGCCGUUCGGGUUCGGCCCGUCCCCGCCUCUCUCCGGCGCGUCGUCCCCUUCGCCGCUGCUACCGGCACCCAACCACGCCAAGGCGAGGUUUGCGGGAAGGAGGAGGCACGCCGUCGUCAGGCUCAUCUGCUCCCCCUUCGCCGCCGUCUUCGGAACCGCGUGCUCCGCCGGCGCAGCUGCGAACGACGUCGACCGGGCGACGAGAAGGCCGAGCCUCGAGGAGCUCCUGCGGAUGGAAGCGUCGUCGUCCGAUCUCCUCGACGUCAAGCAGCCCAACGAACCUGCCGAGAUGGUCGACCCGUACGACGACGACGACGACGACGGCUCCUGGAAGAAGAGCGCCAUCGUGGUGUUCGAUCUAAGCGAAGGCGGCGACAAGAACCGCCGCAUCGAGGACGAGAAUGACGAGGCGCCGCUGGCCGUCUCAGAAGACCAGCACGGCGCCAUGACCUGCCCCGGCGACGUGAAGGAGCCCGCGGAGGAGCUCGACGCCGGCGGCGCCAUGAUGUCGCCGAAGGCGCUGGUGAACGUGGGGAGGCUGGUGGUCGUCCUCGCGUCGCUGGGGGCGCGCUCCAGGGCGCUGAAGGGCUCGUACGGCAGGCUGGCAGCCGGUCGCCGUGUCGGCGGUGCCAAUGAUGGCAAGGCGGAGCUGUUCUACGACCGGCCGAUCCCGCUGGGGCGGAGGUGCCGGGUGCAGCACCUGGAGGAGUCCCCUUACCUGUGAAUGUGAUUGCUUCGUUGAGGUGGCAGCGUUGGUGCUUUCA